AUGAGCAACUUUGCUCAGUGCAGCUGGCCGAUAUGGGACAUUGAUGAUCUCACCCCGUGCUUCCAGCAAGACUACCUCAAGAUUCUUUUCCCCUUAAUUGUUAUAGGCUUUUCCAUCCUCCACCUGGGUCUGCAAGCCAUACGAACUAUCGCCAAACACCGCAAGCAUGGCUACGAGCACGUUCCCCAAGAUCAACAUCACGGCCACACCAACAUCCCUCCCGAAGAAACCGCCGACGGGUAUGAAGAUGAAGACGAUGAGGCUUUGACUAUGAACGGCGGCGGCCGCCUAGCUCUGGUAAAGACCACAACCAAGGGUUCCAUCGUCCAGGCCGAUAGUCCUCCCGCCCAGAACCUGACCAUUGUUGUCGAGGAGAUCGCAAUUGCCGGUCUGAUUGCGCUUCACGUUAUCGCCUUGGUUACCGGCACCGCCCCUGGUCACCACGGCCUGCUCGUCGCCAUUGUCGGCCUUGUCACCUGGGUCUACGUUGCCAUCCUCGUCACUCUGCGUCUCUUCCUCGGAAACACAAAGUGGCGCGUGCCUCGCAUCUGGAACCACACCGCCUUCAUCUAUCUCUUUCAGUGGAUCUUCACCGUUGCCGUAUUCCGCUCCGUCAUUGUCCACCCUAGCAGCCGCCUUUCGCAAAUCCUCACUAUUGUCGAGUUCGCCCUUACCACUCUCCUUUUCGGCCUUGCCAUCACGACGAGAAAGGGAAACAAGACGGUGCUGUUGGAGUGGGAAGAUGGAAUCGAGCCGUCGCGCGAGCCCCUCGCCUCUCUCUUCUCCCUCGCCACAUUCUCCUGGGUCGAUCCCGUCAUCUACCGCGGUUACAAGGAGACUCUCGAGUUGAAGAGUGUGUGGAAUCUGGUUCCCAAGGAAAAGGCCGCUGCCGUCAUCGCCGACUACCGCGCUCUCAAGAGAACGUCCAGCCUGGCCUGGCAUUUGAUCAAGUACUUCAAGGGCGAGCUUUUGGUUCAGUUCGCUCUCGCUUCCUUUGCUGGUGUGUUCACUUUCGCCCCAACCCUGCUGCUCAAGGCCAUCCUAGAGUACGUCGAGCGGCCCGAAGGUGCUCCCAUCAACGUCUUGUGGUUAUACGUGAUCCUCUUGCCCGUCCUUGACCUUGUUAGAUCCUUUGCGGACAACUACGCUCUGUGGAUCGGCCGCAAGAUAUGCAUCCGCAUCCGAGCCAUCAUCAUUGGUGAGAUCUACAGCAAGGCCCUCAGACGCAAAGCCUCCGCAGGCAAAGACAAGGAACUCGGCCAAAACAAGAGCCCGGCAAAGCAGGGCUGGUUUGGCAAGAUCAAGGCGAAACUUGGCUUCAAGAAGGCCAAGGCGGAUGCCGAGGCAGCUGCCAACGGUCCCGCCAAGGACCCCGCCAAGGACGACGAGCAGGCCAACUUGGGUACCAUUAUCAACCUCAUGUCCGUCGACAGCUUCAAGAUUUCCGAGGUCACGGCCUACUUGCACUUCAUCUGCGCAUCCGCCCCGACCCAGCUCAUCAUCGCCAUCAUCCUCCUUUGGGAUGUCAUGGGACUCAGUGCCAUCCCCGGAUUGAUUGUCAUGGCCCUGCUGCUCCCCAUCAACUACAGCUUUGCCAGAGGCUUUGCCAACACUUCCAAAAAGAUUUUGGCCGCGACCGACAAACGCAUCAACGUCACCAACGAGGUUUUGCAGAAUAUCCGCAUCAUUAAGUACUUUGCCUGGGAGGCCAAGUUCGGCCGCAUCGUGGACGAGAAGCGCGCCGCUGAGCUGAAGGCGCUCCGAUCCCGCUACGUCAUCUGGUCUUUCGCUGUUGCCGUGUGGAACUCGGUCCCUGUCCUCAUCACCUUCUUCUCCUUCCUGAUGUACACCCUUGUGGAGCACAAGCCUCUCUAUCCAUCCGUGGCCUUCACUGCCAUCUCCCUCUUUAUGCUCCUCCGUGUUCCUCUCGACCAGAUGGGCGACAUGUUUGCUCACGUCCAAGAGACCAAGGUUUCACUGGAUCGUGUCGAAGAAUUCCUCACCGAGGAGGAGACCGAGAAGUACGAGCAGCUCGGAGAGGACAAUGUCGACGAAAACGGCAACAAGGUCAUCGGUUUCCGAAAGGGCAACUUCAUCUGGGGCGGCAAGGACGUCGUUGCCGAAGAUGGCACCAUGGCUUUCCGGCUUAUGGACUUGGAUGUCGACUUCCAGAUUGGCAAGCUUAGCAUCAUCUCGGGACCCACUGGUUCUGGAAAGACGUCCAUGCUGAUGGCCCUGCUUGGUGAAAUGACCCUCGUCGGCGGCAAGGUCUACUGUCCUGGUGGUCGAAGCCGCGAGGAUGUCCGGGCUGAUCCCGAGACUGGCCUUGCUGACACGGUCGCCUACGUCGCGCAGGCCGCAUGGCUCGUGAAUGCUAACAUCAAGGAGAACAUCCUUUUUGCUGCGCCGUACGAUGAAAAGAGAUACCGGGACGUUAUCGUCGCUUGCGCGCUGGAGCGUGACCUUGAGAUUCUCGACAACGGCGAUGAGACCUUGGUCGGAGAAAAGGGUAUCACUCUGUCUGGCGGCCAAAAGCAGCGCAUUUCCCUUGCCCGUGCCGUUUACUCCAACUCUCGGCACAUCUUUUUGGACGAUUGUCUCAGUGCUGUCGACUCCCAUACUGCGCAAUGGAUUUUUAACAACGCCAUCAAGGGUCCUUUGAUGGCUGGCCGAACCUGCAUUCUGGUUACCCACAACCUCCAGCUCUGUGCUCCCUCCUCUCACUACAUCGUCGCACUGGAGAAUGGCAGGAUUGCUGCCCAGGGCCCCUCUGCUGAGCUGAUCGCCUCGGGCAAGCUUGGCGAAGAAAUUCAAAAGGCUGCUGUUAACUCGGCCUCGGUUUCCCGCAUCCCGUCCCGAGUCCCUUCUAGCGUCGGUGAAGAUGGCUCGGAAACUGUGGUCAACCCUGGCGACGAGGGCACCACUGACGCGCGGGCUAAGAAGAAUGAAAAGAAGAAGGAGCAGAAGGACGCCAUGGAGGAGAAGAAGGCCGAGGGUUCCGUCAAGUGGCCCGUCAUCCAACUCUACCUCUCCUCUAUGGGUUCCUGGUGGUUCUGGGUCGUAGCUGCCGCCGUGUUCGGUCUUCAGCAGAUGUCUGGUGUUGCUACCAACUUCUGGGUGCGAGAGUGGGCAAACCAAUACGUCGAUGAGGAGGUGGAGCGGAUCGCUUUCUCAACCUCGUCCCUCACUUAUAGCCAGCAAUCGUUCUCCCCGACCUACCUCGCCUCCAUCGCCAACUACGGCAGCCGCAUCGGCUCUACUGUUUCUGCCACUGCUGCUGCUGCUGACGUCGACGUCAAGUACUACCUCACCGUCCUUGCCGCCAUUGGUAUCGCUGGCUCAGCCGCUGCGUUCAUCAGAGACGUCUGGGUCUUUUAUGGCUCCUUGACUGCCUCCAAGAAAAUCCACAACGACCUGAUUUCCCGUGUAUCCAGAGCCAAGUUCAAAUUCUUCGACGUCACUCCUCUCGGCCAGUUGAUGAACCGCUUCAGCAAGGAUCUCGAGGCAGUGGACCAGGAAGUCGCUCCGAUCGCCAUUGGCGUCUUCGGCUGCGCCCUUGGGAUUUUGGUGACAGUCGUUUUGAUCACUUGGGUCACCCCUGGCUUCUUGGUUGCCGGCGUCUUCAUCACUGCCGCAUACUGGCUCGUCGGCGCCUUUUACCUGCGUGCCUCCAGAGACUUGAAGCGUCUUGAAUCCGUCCAACGGAGUCCCUUGUUCCAACAGUUCGGAGAGACGCUCUCAGGCAUGACAACCAUCCGAGCUUAUGGCGACGAGCGCCGCUUCAUCCGGGAAAACCUGUCCAAGAUCAACGUCCAGGCUCGUCCUUUCAUCUACCUCUGGGCUGCGAACCGUUGGCUUGCCUUCAGAACCGAUGUCCUCGGCGACUUGGUUUCAUUCUUUGCCGGUGUUUUCAUCAUCAUCAGCAUGAGCACGGGCACCGUCGAUCCGGGUUCUGCCGGUAUUUCCCUUAGCUACGCCAUUGGCUUCACCGAGAACGUCUUGUGGCUCAUUCGCCUGUACGCCAUCAACGAGCAGAACAUGAACUCUGUCGAACGCAUCAAGGAGUAUCUGGAUGUCGAGCAAGAGGCCGAGCCGGUCAUCGAGAAGAACCGCCCUCCCGAAAACUGGCCCAGCCAAGGCUCUGUCGAGUUCAUCAACUAUUCCACCCGCUACCGCGCCGACCUCGAACCUGUCCUGCGGAACCUCACCUUCAAGAUUAACCCCAGCGAGAAGGUCGGCAUCGUCGGUAGAACGGGUGCCGGCAAGAGUUCGCUGGCCCUGGCCAUCUUCCGCGCUCUCGAGGCCGAUGAGGGCAAGAUUCUCAUCGACGACAUCGAUAUUGGCUUGAUUGGACUCCGCGAUUUGCGCGAGGCAAUUACCAUUGUGCCACAGGACCCCACGCUCUUCAUGGGCACUAUCCGUUCCAACUUGGACCCCUUCGACACGUACACCGAUGAGCAGAUCUUCGAAGCGCUUCGCAAGGUGCAGCUUAUCGGCCCCCACGAGUCGACCUCCAGGCCGACGACACCAUCGGCCGGCGCAAUGCUGCCAACCACGCCCAACCUUGGACUCAUCCAGGAAAACGCCAACUCGAGCUCCGGCUCCUCGACUGCGCCUACCAACAAGAACGUCUUCCUCAACCUCUCAUCGACCGUCUCAGAGUCUGGUUCCAACCUAUCUCAGGGCCAGCGCCAACUUCUUUGUCUAGCCCGUGCUCUCCUGAAACGACCCAACGUGCUCGUCAUGGACGAGGCAACCGCUUCGAUUGACUACGCCACCGACACCAAGAUCCAAGAGACCAUCCGUGAGCUUACCAGUACCAUCAUCACCAUUGCCCAUCGGCUGCAGACCAUUGUAGACUACGACAAGGUACUCGUCCUGGACAAGGGCGCCGUCGUCGAGUAUGGCCACCCGUACGAGUUGAUCCGCAAAGAAAACAGCAGCUUCCGAAGCAUGUGCGACAUGAGCGGAGAAUACCAGGUGUUGCUCAAGGCUGCCAAGAAGAAGUGGGAUUCGGGAAGGUUGGUCGAUGUUGACGAUGAGGAGGAGGUCACCCAGGACGACAGCAAGACCAAGGCUGUCGAGGACGAGGCUCAAAAGGCCGCCGAGGAGGUAAAGAAGCAGGCCGAAGCUGAAGCCAAGAAGGCCGAAGCCGAGGCUGAAGCGCGGAAGAGGGCAGAGGAAGACGCCAAGAAGGCUAGACAAGCCGAAGAGGAGGCCAAGAAGGCCGAGGAGGAGGCUACGAAGAAGGCCGAGGAGGAGGCUACGAAGAAGGCCGAAGAAGAAGCCAAGAAGAAGGCGGCCGAAGAGCAGGCGAAAAAGCGUGCUGAAGAAGCGAAGAAGAAGGCUGAGGAAGAGGCCAAGAAGGCGGGCGGCGGAUAG